AUUGAAUUAAGCUCCGAAUUUAUGACUAAUUCAUGGUUUCAGAAGAUAUUGGUGGUGCAGAUUCGUCGUUUAGCAGGAGAUAUUUAGAGAAGGUGGAGGCCCCAGAUCAGAAUAUGUGGCAGCAGAUUUACGUGAUCAAAUUCACAAUUGUUGGAAUACAAGCAACGCAAAUGCAAAGGAUAUUCCUUUUCCUAUUCAAUCGUCCUACUAUUUGAUCGAUCUCCGAUCCCGCUUUCGAAAAAUUCCACCAAUUACUGCAGCCUAGGUGCGUGAUCGUGUUUGAAUCUGCUAUUCUGGACGCGAAUUGAGCGGUGGAUUGAUGGCGCGAUUUAUCGCCGGCGAUCGUCUGAAACCCUUCGUUGCGGGAAACGGGUUGUCGGUGGGGUUCGACGCAUUUCACCGCCGCUGUAGGGUUAAGUAUUUCGGCAGCGGAGGUUUCAGCUGCUCGAUUUCGGGAGAUCGCAGGCGUAGGCUCUGCGUUUCUACGGCGCACGCCUCCAGAUCGUCGCCGCCGGCGAGGAGCGAUGGUGGUGGAGUGUUUGAUGAAGUGUUGGAGGAGGAUGCAGAGUUUGAGAUUGAUGAGCUGUCUGGAUUUAGAGGCUUAGUAUUGGACAUUUCUUAUAGGCCUGUUAAUGUCGUCUGCUGGAAACGCGCCAUAUGUUUGGAGUUUAUGGAUAAGGCUGAUGUUUUAGAAUAUUAUGACCAAACUAUAAACUCUCCUAGUGGUUCCUUCUACAUUCCUGCUGUGUUGAGGGUUCCACACUUACUGCAAAUAGUCAAAAGAAGAAAGGUGAAAAGAGGCCUAAGUCGAAAAAAUAUUUUUCAACGUGAUAACUACACUUGUCAAUAUUGUUCUUCAACUGAGAACCUGACUAUUGAUCAUGUUUUCCCUAUUGCUAGAGGGGGGAAGUGGACAUGGGAAAAUCUGGUGGCUGCGUGUGCAAGAUGCAACUCGAGGAAAGGUCAGAAAACAUUGGAGGAAUCUGGUAUGAAAUUGCUGAAGGUCCCUAAGGCCCCCAAGGACUAUGAGCUACUGGCCAUACCCCUAACACACUAUGCAAUAAAGAUGAUGAAACGAAAGGGGUUGCCGGAGGAGUGGAAGCAGUACCUCUCGAAGCCGUAUGCAGCCCCAUGAUACUGAGAAAGAUGAGAUGAUGGAACAGUGCCUGAAAUCUGUUAAUGAAUGUAAAUGGCCAACUAGUUGUGCCCUUAAUCUGUAGCUGUAUAUAUAAUUAAGGUAAAUAUUAAUCAAACAAGACUCAUAACUUAUUAAUGUUUCAGGAAUAAAUGGAGAUAAUUAUACUUAAAUUUA